UGAAUCUUAGAGGGAAGCGUUGGCAAAAUACGUUUCCUAAUUAGAUAAGAGAGUCCAAAUUUCGCCAAGACAUUGUUCCAUCGCCUUGUAUGCCUUAUAGAAAUUUGCCAAAAGUCCAAAUUUCUCUAGUUUUGAUUAAACAGUCUGGGUCAUGAUUAGAUGAGACAUUUUGAACUCAUAUCUAUCCCUGUAGGAUAGUUUGUUACUAAAUGUUAGAAUUCCCAAAAUAAUACAAACCCCUCCAUUACACAUAAAAAGGGGCUGAGGAUUGGGCUCAGUCACCAUAUGGGCCAGCCGAUCUUUGGAUGUCCGUCUUUUAUAGUCCGCGUGCGAUUCGAUUACAUAUAUACACACACAGCAGCUCUCCUGCCGGCGACCGCCCUCUACGCCGUGGCUUUGGGUUUCAAAUAUCGGCCCCUGAAGAGAGAGGAAGUUUUCCCCCAUGGAUCUAGGAGCAGAAGCAAUCACGAGGGAAGGAUUACGCAACCUAAGGCGGAAGAAUUCCUCCAUAAAAUCUCAAUCUAGAAUCUGGGAGGAAGCUAAUGGACUUGUGGGUCAUGGACGUAUUCUUAGCAAAAAUUAUUAUGCUUCUCCCCAGGAUGGGAUAUUGCCUCUUGAGGGAUCUGGUAAUCGUCAUACAGUUAGGCGCAAUCUAUAUGCUGAACAUCGUAUAGAAAAAGAGAAAAAUUUAAAGAAACAGAAAAAUGUACAUCCUACGUUUGCCCCACCUGGUGAGUCGGCGAACGUAGAUGAUGAUGAUGAUGAUGAUGAUGAGUUUGAGAGAGAGCAAGAACAAGAUGAGGAUAGUUUUGAGAGUGGGGGGGACGAUGUGGAUGAGGAGGAUGAGUCAGACGAGUAUUCCUCGCUUGAGAGGAAGGAUAUACAUUUUGGAGGUAACCCAGUACUGAAUCCCAUUGGUCGUACUGAUGAUCAGACUCCAGUUCACCCUAAUCGGGAGCAGAAGACCCUUGUUGGAUUAUCGGGGUUGAAUUCAGCUUACACUCUCGGUAAUUCUAGUCUUCGUGUUGACCCACAGAGUACUCUUUUUAGAGAUCCUAGUACUACUUUUCAUCAUGUCGGCCCACAGAGUACUCUUUUUAGAGGUCCUAGUACUACUCUUCAUCAUGCCGGCUCACAGAGUGCUCUAUUUAGAGGUCCUAGUACUACUCUUUAUGAUACCAGCCCGCAGGGCAUUUUGUUUGGAGGUCCUAAUAGUACUUUUCACAAUGUCGACCCCCAGCAUCGUUUUGGCGGGACUUCGUCGCACCCCCCUCAGACUAGUCAGCCCCGUUCCCGUUUUGGUGCUACCUCCAUUGGUGCCUCUUGCCGUCCUGAGGCAGUUGUGACGUCAUCAGGUACUAGCAGACGGUCUAAGGUUUCUAAUGACGAAAUUGAUGAUUGGGUUGUGACGGAUGACGUACCUGGCGGGCCAUAUGAUGGGUCAGUGAUUCCUAGUUUUCUUGGGCACACUGCUUAUCAGUUGUGGAAUGGAGAACCAAGGGAUUACCUGACGAUGAAGCCAGCGAAUAAGAGUUUGUCUAGAUUGCGUGGAUGGUAUAAGAAGUUGCCGGAGAACGCCCAAUUGAAAGUUCAGAAUACCGGUUUGUAUCAUCUGAUUGAUACCAUGUAUGAUGACAUUGACCUUGCGCUUAUUUCUGCAUUCAUAGAGAGGUGGCAGCCCGACACAAACUCUUUUCACUUGCCGUUUGGGGAAAUGACGAUCAUGAUGCAUGAUGUGGCACACAUUUUGGCGAUUCCAGUUGAGGGUGACUUGUUGAUCGAACCUCCGGAAGUGGAAAUAUUGAAGAUGCAGGUCGCAGGAUUGCUUGGGUUGCCGAUGGCUGACUUAAAGCGUGCAUGGAGCCACGGAGGUGUGAGUGACAUAUUGGUCGAGGAGAGUUGUCGCAAGUUCUUUCCCGUUGUUCAGGUUCAAGCUUGGAUGUGGAUCUUGUUAGCCUCGACACUCUUCCUCGACGGGAGUGAGGGCAGGAUUAGUGCUUCGCUUGUGAACGAGCUCCACGGAGGUGUCGAAAAUAUUGAAACUUACUCAUGGGGAUCCGGUACGCUAGCAUUUCUCUACCGUCAGCUUGGGAUUGCUAGUCGAGCAGGGUGUACCACGAUGGCUGGUUGUUUGACCCUUCUCCAGGCAUGGAUAUAUGAAUAUUUUCCAUGCUUUCAGCCCUCUAAGAGGCGGGGACGUCGAGGUGUUGAUGGUUGGCCCAGAGCCCGAGACUGGACACCAGUUAGCUAUAAGGGCCCGAAGUCUAUUCAGAGUCGACUCCAGCAGAUUCGUGUACAACUCGAUGCGAUGACUGAGCAAGAGGUCGAAUGGGAGCCAUUCGGUCGCGAACAGGCAGCCUCACAUCCGAGGACCAUCUUCAGUGGGUGGAUUAUGUACCGCAACUUCCAGGAGCCAUACAUGCCGGAGAGAGUGCUACGUCAGCUCGGUUACAUACAGUAUAUACCCCGUGCGCCGCUCACACCGGUCACUCAGUUUCGAGGGAAAAAUGCGCGCAAGUAUUUUGUUGAUCGUCCGAGUGUUGAGACCAGUAACUGUUGGGUUAGAUUUCCGGAAUCGGAGUGCAUCAGCCUCAAUCAUUGUAUGCCGGUAUCGUCUAUGCAGGUAGGACAUGCAGCUGUAGAGUACCUCGACUGGUACAGGAGUCAUUCACAUCCAUUCAUACUGCCGACGUUCGUCUCGUAUACGUCAGAGAUACCAGCUAAGAACUGCACCACUUACUGGAUGCGUGAAAUGGAGAGGUUGAGUCGAGGUUGUAUCGAAGAUUUGAAGAAACUCGAUCUGGAUCUUGGUCUGCAGUGGGAUACUCGCCUGAAUGAUGUCAUCUUUCGUCACAGUCAAACCCUAUGACAUUCGACUCUUUUGGUUAGAAUUUGGUUAAUGGAAAUUUAUUGAUUCUUGUUUUUUUUUUUUUUAAUCAAGAAUUUGGUUAAUGGAAAUUUA